AGCGCGAGGAAGAUGCGAGUACGGCGCAAAGAGGCGAACGCGUCGGCAGCAGCCGCAGUCGUUCGGGCAGGGACGAUGCUGACGGAGCCUCGCGCUGAAUGAAACUCACACUUUGACUGGUCUGCGUAUGUGCACGCGUGACGCUUUCAGGGUCCGUCGCGUUCCGUGGACGAUGAGCGGGCGCGGCGCCCCCCCCCGCCCUCGGCCCGACCCCGGCGAGGAGCUGACCGACGAGGAAAAGCGGAUCAUCCACGACGUGCUGGCCCGCGCCGCCGAGAUGGACGCCGUGGAGCAGCAACGCAUACGUCUCCUGUCCAGCCGGCUGGAGGACGCCCGGAGGACGGCGUGCGGGGACGGACGCUCGGCUUGUCUGCUUUGCGGCGCCACCUUCGGGCCGGGCGGUGUCACGGCCGCCCUUUGUGUCGGCUGCAGGAAGCAGGUGUGCCGCGAUUGCGUCGCCCGCGGCGGCUCGACGCCGUGGCGCUUGUGCGCCUUCUGCAAAGAACAUCGAGAAGUGCAGAAGCGUUCCGGAGCCUGGUUCUUUCGGGGCCGGGACCCCCGCGUCCUCCCCGGCCCGCCGCCCGCCAACGCGGACGACCCCGACGAGCGUCGCACAGGAAUUGCAGAAGCAAAGCGGCACCGUGCGCAGAGGACCGCGGCCGAAAACCAAGUCCCGACUGCGAGCGGCGGCCAAAUCCGGCACGGGACGCGUCCGGCCGCAAACCCCGCCGGCGUCGAGGAGGACGAAGACGCCGAAGACUCGGAUGACGCAACCACGCGGGGGUGUCUGGAGUUCAGUCUGCUCUACGAGCAAGAACGCCGCCAACUGCAAUGCUGCGUCAUCAAGGCCAAGGGCUUAAAGCCGAUGGACUCCAACGGCCUGUCGGACCCUUACGUCAAGCUGCACCUGCUGCCGGGCGCCAGUAAGUCCAACAAGCUUCGCACCAAGACGCUGAAGAACACUCUGAACCCGACGUGGAACGAGACUCUCGUCUAUCACGGCAUCACCGAUGAAGAAAUGUCCCGGAAGACCUUACGGUACCACCGACUUGUCCGCCGCCUCAAUUGUGCCAUACGAGUGGUCACGGUUGUCAAGGUGGCGCUGUAUUUAUGUACAUUUACAUUUAACGUCGUUCGCGUUGUCUUUGUCCUUCGGGCUGUCGGUGAGCGACGAGGACAAGUUCGGACGCAACGACUUCAUCGGGGAGACGCGAGUGGCGCUGAAGAAGCUCAAGUUCAACCAGAAGAAGAAAUUCAACGUGUGCUUGGAGAGAGUUAUCCCGGUGGACGAGGGCGAGGACGGCGAGGAGCGAGGUCGCAUCCUGGUUUCCCUGCGCUACGACAGCCGACGGGGUCGUCUGAUCGUGGGCGUGGUCCGCUGCGCCCACCUGGCCGCCAUGGACGUCAACGGAUACUCGGACCCUUUUGUCAAAGUGUACGACGAGCGCACGUACGACGGGAUACUACGUCCGAAACUCCUAUCGUUGCUGAAUUCACCUUCUCAUCGUCAUCGCUCUCACCUUUUCCUUUCACAAUCCUCCUCAUCCGCUCACCUUCAUCCCGUCACCCUCACGUUGUCCCGCUCAGGUGUCUGAAGCCUGACAUGGGGAAGAAAGGCAAGAACAAGACGCAGACCAAGAAGAAGACUCUCAAUCCAGAGUUCCAGGAGGAGUUCAGUUAUGAGAUCAAGCACGGCGAGCUGGCCAAGAAGACUCUGGACAUUUCCGUGUGGGACUACGACAUGGGCAGGUCCAACGACUUCAUCGGCGGCUGCCAGCUGGGCAUCGGGGCUCAGGGCGAGCGCCUGAAGCACUGGUACGAGUGUCUGAAGAACAAAGACGAGAAGAUCGAACGCUGGCAUCUGCUGCUCAACGACAACAGCGGCGGACGCUUUGACGACUAAAAAAAAAAAAAGGCCUUUUGCCGCCCCUCCCCCUCCUCCUCCUCGCUACUUCCCGGCCGUCGCCAUUUUAUGUUUACCUCCUCCGGGGAACGUUUCCGUCAAUUGGUCCUUGUUGUUUUGGAUGCAUGUUGUGUCGCGGUCAAUAAACAAUCACGCACCUGAA